AUGUAUUUUUUGAACCUAGAAACAGCGAGUCAACGACGGGUCAGUUUUCUACACCAGUUACAGAAUGCGACUCGCGUCGAACCGUUGCAAAACUGGGAUUCCAGUAAUGCGUGGUAUCAUGAUUUACGGGCCGAGCAGUGUACUAUAAAAGGGGAAUUGAGUUUGACAUUAUCUCAUCUGAGCAUACUAAAUGACAACUCAGAGCAUUCGAUGUUCGUGUUCGAGGACGAUUCUGAAGUCACCAUGCAGCGAUUAGACUCACCCGUACUUUACGGCCAAUCACUCGCGGACUUGGGUUCGCUACUAGAACACGUUACCGACGCAUACAGUCAAGAUUCGACAGCGGGAACGAGUGAGGUUGGCGGAAAGUUGUCGUGGACGUGGCCUCUUCAUUGUCAGAGGACGGUGUUGGGUUACUGGCUGUGGCCUGCGUCUACCUAUGAGAUCAAUCAACUGGCUAUGUUGAUGAAUUCACUAUACCUGACCGAGCCUGUCAUCCUCAAGACGAAUCAACGCCUGCUGCCCUUUAAUGAAGCUAUUAGACCUUUUGUCCAUUAUCUACCCAUAUAUUCAACAUCCUUUGGCGCUGCCGGCUCUGUAUGUCUCUGGUAUUCCAAAGCAGCGGCUACCGAGACAUUACGACGAACAAAAGUCCAGCUAAAAACCACCGGUCUAUUUCCUGGGAAAACGUGUGCGAUCGACUUAGUGCUAAAUUCGCUCAACUCCUACACACUAUGGCCCUCGCCUACAACCACCAUACUACCCGGAACAAUAGCCGAUGAUGGAGAAUAUGAUAUUCGGAACCAAUUACGAAGUGGUGCGAAUACACACGACAACGUUCACAAAUUAUCAUAUGCAAGCAACCUCAAGGCCGUCAUUGAAGCGUACCGCUUCACUCAAAAUAAAGUGAGGAAACAGCUACAACUGCAACCAGAGCUGCAAUUGCUAUCGGAGCGACUGCGCAAUGAGGGACCUGGCCGAACGAUCCACGCUUUCAAUGCCUUUCAAGAUCAAUCAAACUUUAUUUGUACCAGCUACCUGAAGGCCUUGGUCGAGGAGGCGGCCGCCCAGCCCAUGUUUAACUACGUAUGGAUUUUUUCGGCACUCAUGUUGUGGGCGUUAACAGAAGCGAUACUGAAGCUGCUGCCUAGAAGGAAACGACGAAAGAUAUCAUGA